AGAAACAAAACUAGAAGGAUCAUCCUGAUAUUAAUACUGCAGGGGACUAUAUGUGGACUGUGAAGAACGCUGAGACGUGUUUGCCGCUCGAGCAAGGCCCCAGAGAGGGAGAGAGAAACUAAACAUUCGCUAAUAAACAAAGUUGUACCCACCCGGCCCAGAGCGGUUCGGCUCAGAAACAUAUCAUUUCCUUCGUUCUUGAACGAGCAUUGACAUGCUGGUGGAUUAUGUGCGUUAUGUUUUAAAGACAUGUUUCAUAUCUUCCAGAUCGUUUGAAUCCUCAAGUUUUCUAUGGAUAAUUGAUGUUUUAGUAUCUAAACAUUCAUGCAUGACUUUGAAGAAUCAAUCAUACCGACUUUUCCAAGCAACAAAGAUGACUCCUAUAAGUCACGAAAUUUUUUAACCGAUGUUUCUCAUUUUUUAGACCAUUUCAAAACAUUAUGCAUUUGUCUUUUAGUUUAUUUUCUUUUAUCUCAAUUUGGGAUUAUGAAAAAAAUGGAAUGGCGGGAUAUAAGACUAAGAAUUGCCCACCUCAGCUGCUGAAGGUUCUUAGAUUAAUCAUCUGAAUCUCUUUUGUACUUCAUGGAAGUCAUUGGCACGUUCUUGGUUUAAGCUUGCCAUGUUUUUAAAAAAGAUUUGACUUUCGUGAUCAAAUGUCAACUAUGUUUUGAUGCAUAUAUGUCUUUCAAUCUAUAUUUUCGAAUUUCUUGAUGUAUGAAUUGGGCAAAGUUUUGAUAUCCAAAAGGAGAAAGUUCAAAGCGCUUGAAGUGUUGACAACGAUCAAGCAAAUAGUUAAGGUCUAAGCUUUUUAUAUUCUAUAUUUUGUUCGUUCAUGGCUUUCGAACUCGAUCGUAGCUGUCCUUACAGAACGUUACUUAUAUUAUAGAUCGGCGCAUUUUGAACCUUUCUAGAUAAUGCAAGUAAUCAAUGAUAAAGUUGUGUGGUUAUUGCGACAAAUUAAUCUGUGAAUCAGAUAAGUGGUCCGUGGAAGAACAAGUCUAGUUUUACUAAUUCAGAUUGCCACAAAGCUACUCUUUUAAAAUGAAGUUUUAUUUUGUAGUAAUGGUUUUCUUGACGUAUACAUAAUCAAAUUUAGAAGUCUUCAAAGCCUUGCAAGAAAAAAAAAGUUCGCUAAAGAUCAUUUAUCCACGCUUAAGCUACAUACUGAAUGCUAUCACCAAAUAUUAUUUGUAUAAGAAAACUCUUUUCGCAAACCCUGAACGAACCGGUCACUGAAAUAGACAUGCAUGGUGAUGAUGAUCUUUUCAAAUGUUAUUGCCAAACCAUGAUGGAAAUGUGCAGUUGAAGCCAAAAAUAACCUUAGAACGCAAUUCACUAAUCUGAAAACACAAAAGAAGUUGAUGUCUCUCUUUCAUAAUUAUGUGCUUAAACUUCUUUAGAACUCCGAAAUGUGUAGUGAAGUAUGAUUUCUUAAAACAAUUUAUAGAUUUUUUUCCUUUAAGGAACUUAACAUAUUUUGUGGAAAGGAAAGAAAGAGACAAAUGCUCUUGUCAUGCUUACCCACCUUUAUCCGUUGAAAAAUCUCUCCACCGCAUACCCCAAAAUAUAUAAUUUGUACUCUUUAUCCUAAGUUUUUUCUUAUAAAGAGAUGUGUAACACUAAACAUUUUCAGAUUUUACAAGCUUUCUUCUUAUAUCUCCCAAGGGGACCAGAUAAUCAAUCAAUAUACACAUAAAUUGGUUCCACCACUUUUCUUGAUUUCUCCAUUUGAAUAGAUUCUGUGUUUUUUUUUCUGGUAAACCAACACGAUCAUGAUCAGUUCCCAAGAAGAAUGGAUGCUUACACUUGUAUCGUUGUGAUCCUCUGCAUAGCCUUGUUUGCAAUCAAUCUAGUGUUUUCUUGUUUCACUUGCUUUUCCAUUCUACAUAGCUUCAUGACACAGACAGACCAAGACUUGAGUGAACUCAGAGAGAAUCUUAUUGAACCGGAAGAAGCUGAACCAGAGGAGAACGUAAUAACCAUUGCAGUCUCAAGUAACAAAGGAUUUUCUGACUCCAUCGAAGGUGAUAAUUGUGGCCAAGAUUGCUCGCAUGAUAUCUGUGCUUGUUGAAGAAAAGUUGAUUCAUAUUUACAUUUCACUCUUCUCUUCAUCUUUUGCAAAUUUUCUUGGGUAUCAAAAUCCAAAAUUUCUUUAUUUCUUUCCCUUUGUGUAUCAUGAGAGAUAUAAUAUAGUCUGAAUAUAAUGUAUUUAUACUAUCUAUAUAUACAUUUAGGUCAACAUGUUUUGAUACAUGCUCUGUGCAGCAUAUACAUACCA